GGAGAUAACCUGACAUCAGACUGGUUACAUAAAACACAACACAAUGGAUGAUGAUGGCUCGAUUUCAAAGCCUGGUAGAAAUGUCAGCAUCAUUACAGUCGACAGAGGAGAGUCAAAUAAUUAAAACCAGGUAAGCUGAAAAUGGGCAGGGCGUCCGGUCUGGUUUGAAUAAAAAUAUAAAUUAUGGAGCCCCACAGAGAGUCUCAUAGCACAUUGGAGUAAAGAAAUAUUGAUGUGUUCUGAAAGCAGGAUGCCAGAGCAGUUGCCCACCUGUUCUUUGUCACAGCCCCCCAGACAGUGGAUCAAUAGACGCACUUCUGAAUAUGCUAUACGUCUGUGCCAGGCAGGAUGUGCCAAAGCUUUUCAUUUGUAUUGAUCGUUCAGGGAGACCAAUGGGCCUGAUUUUAUGUUCAUUUGAUUUUACAGAUGGAUAGACUGAUAUUCACUUAAUCUACGCUCUCUCGGUUGGGCAGCUCUCCUGGAGUCAAUACAGCAUUCUCAGGGGAAAAAGAUAACAAGUGAGGGGAGAGACCGCCAAGCCAUCUGCCCUUCGCUGACAAUCAGAUGGAGAGCUCUCAAUAGGAAAAAUCAUUCAAGAAUGUCUUCUGUGGCUGGACAAGACAUCUCAAAUUACCACACAAGCGUGGUCCAAAGCCCUCCUAGAUGGGAGGUUGGUGUUUACAUAGCUGGGUUUUUGAUGCUUCUCGGAGCCGCAGGAGUCAAUCUCUGGAAGUUGUGGAAAUCUGGAAGUUACCCAACACCGUCACCAUUCCCCAACUAUGAUUAUCGUUACCUGGAACAGAAGUACGGCACUUCAUAUUCUGAAUCCAGACAGAAGAGAGUGGCAGCAUCCAAUCACAAGAGAGCCAUGGAGAAGAUGCCAGCAAGCCGGAAGAGCAGCCUGGGAAUUGACGACACCUAUGAAACAAUCAAUGAGCUGGGAACACUGGAGCUGAUGAGCAAGGAUGUGGAGCUGACGUCAUAUGGGCCACUUCGAAAAUCUGUGUCCACUGAUUCUUUAUCUUCAAUUUCUUCCAUCGGGAAUAAUUUUGGCAAUGACCUCACAGUUGGACAGAUUGAGGUAAACAUGGAGUAUGACAUGAAUUCCAACAGCUUGUACGUCACACUGGUGCAAGGAAAAGAUCUUCUGGAGAAGGAAGAGAUCAACUUUGAGUCCUGCUUUGUCCGUAUCAGUGUGCUGCCAGAUGAACAGAUAGUUGGCAUAUCCAGGAUACAGCGGAAUGCAUUUUCUGUUUUCUUUGACGAGAGAUUUUCCAUUCCCCUGGAUCCUGGAGCUCUUGAAGAAAACAGUUUGAGGUUUUCAGUGUUUGGCAUCGAUGAAGAUGAGAGAAACAUCAGCACAGGGAUUGCAGAACUAAAACUUUCAGACCUCGACCUCUCAAUACGGCCUUUUAAUGCCUGGUUAUAUCUGCAGGAUGUAAAUAAGGCUGCUGACUCAGUAGGAGAGAUUUUGCUGUCCCUCAGUUACUUACCGACAGCAGAGAGACUGACGGUGGUGGUUGCUAAAGCUAAAAACCUGAUGUGGACAAACGGGAAGACGACUGCAGAUCCCUUUGUUAAAGUUUAUCUUCUACAAGACGGUAGAAAGAUUAGCAAAAAGAAGACGGCUGUGAAGAAAGAUGAUUCCAACCCCAUAUUCAACGAAGCAAUGAUCUUCUCGGUGCCGGCCAUUGUGCUACAGGACCUUUCUCUUAGGGUCACGGUGGCAGAGUGCUGCGAAGACGGCCGAGCUGAGAAUAUUGGCCACGUCAUUAUUGGACCAGAAGCAAGCGGAAUGGGCAUCACCCACUGGAACCAGAUGUUAGCCACCUUACGCAAGCCAGUGUCCAUGUGGCACCCGCUGAGGAGAAAUUAAAUUCUGUGUUUCUGGCUCUGUUUUUUUUUUUUUCGUUUUUCAAUUUCUUGCAUGGUGCCUAAAUUCUUACACUUAAUUUAUUUUCUGGGAGGGGAGACAAAUAUUACACAGUAGGGUGACCAGAUCUCCCAAUUUCAAGCUUGGUGUUGUUCCAAUGAAUCUAACGCACUGCAGCUUACACUUUUAAAUAUUCUGGGUGGUCUGCAGCCCCCACACGUAACCCACGUACCCAAGUAGCCUGAACAGGAGUCAAACCUUGGUGAACAAUACUCGUAAAUAUGUAAAUACAGUAGAACUCUUAUUCAUUUAUUUCAGUUUUGAUUUUCCAGUUUAAUAAAUUCCCGCCGUCAGUCUCUUAGUGAACGUGUGAACUGACACACUUGAUUGCAGAACGUCCCACAUUUCUUUAAAGCAAAGUUGGUUAAAGUCCAGUCACCUGCCAAUGGGGUACCAAAGCCAUCAUCGCCAAGUUGUACCAACUUCAUAUAAAAGAUUUAACACUAAAUCAUAGAGAUAGAUGGCAGCAAAAGUGCGUGGCAUUUCUUGAACGUGGGGGAUUUGCCAGGUCAGUUGUUUUCUAGGGAACUGAUCUCGCGAGUGGACCCCGAUAAUCACCCCCAUAAACAGCAGCCGCACCCAAACUCUGACCCGCCACCCAUGUCUGGCGAGUCCCUCUUACGUAUUUUUUUGUGUUUUAAAUCUGGUCACCCUAUACGCUGCAGAUACAUGUAUAUACACAAAGAUACAGAAAAAUAAUUAGAGGCUAUUUUUACUAAACACGUUCUACUCUUUUGUUAUUUUUUGGAAACUAAUAUUUGAUGUUACAGUGUAACAAAUUUGAAAAAAAAUUAUGAAAACGCCAUUAAAAAAGCUUGGCUAGCUGUCGAUAGUUCAAAUGAGUGUAGUAGGCAGGAUCAAACACCCUGUCCAACUGGCAGCUGCAUGUUUGUUACCUUUUGUACUCACGUAAACCUGGAGUGCAUCACACAGCGGGACAAUUGUAGCCAAUUCACUUGGAGAUUCAUUUUGUAAUCACGAUAAAAAUCCUAACUUAGUCAUACACGACUUCAGUUUUCAAGUCCUCAUUGUUAACCAAGAAGCAAAUCAAUCGUUUAUAUUCAUUGUUUGCAAUUUUUAGCUUGACAGUGAGGGGGCGAAGGAAAUACUUAAGUUCAAAGGACCUCUUAGCCAUGCAGUGAGGGUGGGAGUGAACCGUUAUUUAAUGCCUCGUUCAGUUUUACAAACCACAAUUUUGAGUUUUUCUGGCGCUAUGAAGGCUAAAACCCUUAGUUGGGCAGGAUUAGCGUUACACCAGGAGGUGUUGUAAUGACAUUCUUACCGGAGGACCUCUGUAAUUUUCACACAUUCACAUCUCUGUAAAGACCAUGGAGCGUUUUAGCUUCUGCUAAGAAUGCCUGUAAGAAUUAGCCCCUCGGUAAACAGGUCCCAUACGAAUCGACAUGUCAGCUAAACCAUCAUUUGAACAAUUCUGAUGGGAAGAAAGUUAUAGAGGUCCUCCGGUAAUAGUUACUUUACCCUGGAAAAAAUGAUCGGCUGGCAUUCUCCUUGUUCUGUGUGCGGAAUAACGAGGAGGUAGGGUAUCCCCUUAUAGGUCUCAAGGUAUCUGGCAUUUGAUACGCUGCAUUAAUCCCCGAGGGGAAACUGUCUUUGACCUUUGGCGGUUGUAGCGCAGGUUCAGCCAUUGUAUAGAACAAUUUUCAGUUUUAGGGCAUUACUGAAGGGCCCAACGGAGUAGGUAGGUGAACUGAUACAGUAUGUUUAUACAAAAUGUGGUGGGGUAGCGAGGGUGGGGAACCCAUUUGGAACUGUGAACAGUUUGUGGUGCAAACUGACAGUACGCAUACGGUACGUUAAGUUCUAGUACUCAUAAAGCCAUAAACGGGGAAAUGUCGGUACGGACAGAUCGGACACCUUCAAGCACUGCUGCAAAACUAAGUUGUCCAAAUUGGGCUUAAGACAAGUUUCAGACAUGUGUCGUUAGUGGCAGCCACUCAGCAGGAAAGUUCAGUCAGAAUCUGACUGGUGGUUACAUGUCAUGUUAUCUCAACACGUCGAUGGCCAAAGUUGAAACAGGACAAUUUGAAGGAGAUGGGAUCGGUUAUUUUGUCUUUUAUAUAUAUAUACAGUAUAUAUGCUAGCCAUCCCCCAUGGCUUCGCUCACGUAUUAGUGAAA